AUGGACACGAUCAUCGCACACGUUCGCGACGGUAACGUGCACGAAGUGCGCAUGUGGUUGGACGAUAUUGAGAAUGACGUGAACCAGGGCGACGAACACCGUUUCAGUCUGCUUCAUUGGGCAGCUCGGGAAGGUCAGCUUGCGAUUGUGGACCUGCUUGUGUUGCGUGGUGCCCGAGUGAACGCUACAAACAUGGGUGACGACACCGCAUUGCAUCUGGCUGCAUCCCAUGGACACAUCGACGUAGUGCAUUAUCUGUUAAAUUGUCAUCAUUUCAACGUGGAUGCAACCAACGAGCAUGGGAACACGGCUCUACACUAUGCGUGCUUCUGGAACCAUCUGGAAAUUUCCGAGUAUCUGAUCAAGCAUGGGGCCUGCUUAAUGCAAGAAAAUAAAUACGGCGAGACUCCACUCGAAAUUGCUCGUCCGCGUGCAGCCGCCUUGUUGGCUCCACUUGCCGAGGCACUCGGGCAUGAUUUGUCCCAUAGAAAGCCGUUCCGUGACACCAGUUGGAUUGGGACCAAAACUCGUGCUCGUGAUGCUACGCUUUAUCGUCUGGACGCUGAAUCGUGGGACCCUCGUGAAGUUGAGUUAACAGGUGCCCUGGCUGACGGCCACGGUGCUGAAGUUCUCAAAGGAUCUUUUCGCCGCUGUCCUGUUGUAGUGAAAAUGCUGAAACUCCGCAACUGUACCAUCAGGCAGGCCAGAGACUUAAAGGAAGAAUUUCCUCGCUUGCGAAUUUUUAAUCAUCCGAAUAUUCUACCUGUGCUGGCUAUCUUCACCGCAACUCCGCGAUUGUGCCUCGUUAGUGACUAUAUGCAAUAUGGCAGUUUGUAUGACGUGCUUCAUCAGUCGGUCGAUUUGGAUGGUAGCGGAAACAUGGGCCUAAUGGAUAUAAGUCUGAGGCAAGCUCUCAAAUUCGCAGUUGAUAUCGCCAAAGGGAUGGAAUUUCUUCACACUCCAGAACUCAAGGUUCCAAACUUCCGGCUUAAUUCUAAGCAUGUUAUGGUGGAUGAAGAUAUCGCCAAAUUAGGUAUGAUGGACUACGAUAACAAGGAGAAUGCAAACAACGUGGGCUACAAAGAUGAAUUCUUAAUUGCUCGUUUGGACAUGGCAGAUUAUAAGUUUUCAUUUCAAGAAAAGGCUCGUGAAUAUAAUCCUGCUUGGAUGUCACCUGAGGCUCUCACAAAGAAACCUAGCGAAAUAAACCUUGAAGCUUCAGAUAUGUGGAGUUUCGGUGUGAUUCUAUGGGAGUUAGUCACUCGAAUGGUUCCAUUUGAUGGAAUGAACCCCAUGGUGAUCGGUAUGCAGAUCACCACUGAAAAUUUACGGUUGCCAAUCUCUCCCCAUUUGGAUCCACGUGUGGCUCGCUUAAUCGAACUAUGUCUGAAGGAGGAUCCUGGAAAGCGACCCCGAUUUGAUGUGCAACUCAUACAACUGCUGGAUAAGAUGCGCGAGCGUGCCAGCCAAUAG